AUGAAAAUUUCAGUGUUCCAAGACACUCACGUGAUGAUCUUCAUUGGCUUCGGUUUCUUGAUGACUUUCUUGAAGCGCUACGGUUUCUCAGCUGUAUCAGUGAACCUGCUUCUAGCCUCUUUCACCAUCGAGUGGAGUAUAAUCGUUAACGGCUUUUUGAGCGAGGAAUUCGCAAAGGAAGGAAAAUUCAGUGUUGGAGUAGCCGAACUGCUCUCCGGUGAUUUCACGGCUGCCAUAAUACUGAUCAGUAUGGGAGCGAUGCUUGGAAAACUUUCCCCAACACAAUACAUCAUCAUGGCUCUAAUUGAAACACCGGUGUCUCUCUUCGUCGAACAUCAUGUCAUACAUACUUUCCACGUAUGUUUAUCGAAUCACUUCGUAAUCUGUCACUGUAUUGAAGAUUCCGCCGUGUUUGCGUGA